GUAUGUUUCAUCUAAUAAUUAUUCUAAUUAAAUUCGAGUUUUAUUUCUGGAUAACAAGAAAAAAAAUUCGAUUCCUAAUUGAUUAUUUCAUUUUGUUUCGACCAAAACCAAUUGAAUUAAAGUGAUCAAUAAUGAUGGCAUCAGCAUUAUCAUUAGCAACAAAUAUAUCAAUUUUUGCAUCAAGAAAAUCAAUACUGUUUCAUUCUAAAUGGUUUUUAUCGAAACGAUUAUUAUCAUCAACACCAGGAAUGGUAAAUAAUGGCGAUGCACGAAUUCGUCAAGUAAAAUUGGAUUCUGAUAAAAAUAAACCCAAACCUAAACCAAACCUAAAGGUGACAUUUGAAUUAGAUGAUGGUCGUGAAUUGAUUGGAAAAGCCUGUGAUGGUGAUACAUUAUUGGAUGUUGUAUUGAAUAAUGAACUAGAUCUUGAUGGAUUUGGUGCAUGUGAAGGUACAUUAGCAUGUUCUACAUGUCAUCUGGUCUUUUCCCAAGAAGAUUUUGAUCGUAUACCAAACAAAAUUACCGAUGAAGAAAUGGAUAUGUUGGAUCUUGCAUAUGGCCUUACUGAAACAUCACGUCUUGGUUGUCAGAUCUAUAUAACAAAAGAAUUCGAUGGAUUACGAGUUAAAGUACCACCAGCUGUUAAUGAUGUUCGUUUACGGUGAAAAUAACUACAAAAAA